AAUAAGCGUCCGGGUGGAAACCGCUCACCCGGAACCACACCGCGCGGUCCCUUGUUCCCCACCCGGAACUGACGUACAGACACCUCCAACAUGGCGGCGCCCACGCACUGGAGCCACGUUUGGGUGGGCGCCGAGACCGGGGCGCUGAAAGGCGUGAACCUGCGGCACCAACGCGCCACCAACUACACGAGCGGCUCCGCGCUGCGGCGCGGGGAGGCGGCGCGCGCGCUCUGCUGGGGGGACCCGCGCGAGACCGAGCUCCUCGUGGGCGGCCUCGAUCGCUGCGUCCGGUUGUUCAGCACCGAGAAGGGGCAGUUCACGGGGUCGCGGCUCUGCGCGGGGGGGGAGGGGCCGUUCUGCGGCCUCGCGACGCUCGGAAGCUCCAUCGUCACGUGCGUCGAGUCGGGGCUCAUCAAGGUUUGGCGCGAGGACGGGACCGAGCAUCUGUCGCUGGAGGUGGGGGAGGGGCUGUGCCGGAUGCGCCAGGACCCGGCUCGGCCGCAGCGCGUCGGGACCGGGGGCCGCGAGAACGGGCUCAAGGUUUGGGACCUGCAGCGCCCGGAGCAGCCGCUGUUCCGCGCCAAGAACGUCAGGAACGAUUGGCUCGACCUUCGUGUCCCGAUCUGGGACCGGGACCUGCAGUUCCUGCCGGGCUCCGGCCGCAUCGUCACCUGCACGGCCCAUCGCCAGGUCCGUCUCUAUGACCCCGGGUCCCCCCAGCGGCGCCCGGUGCUGGAGGCGACGUUCGGGGAGGGGCCGCUGACGGCCCUGGCCGUGGUGCCGGGGGAGACCUCGGUGGUGGUCGGCAGCGCCCGGGGGGACAUGGCGGUCAUUGACCUGCGCAAAGGGCGGGUGCUGCGCAGCCUCCGGGGGGGCGCGGGGGGGGUGCGGGGGCUCCAGUGUCACCCCCGGGGGCCCCUCGUGGCCUCCUGCGGCCUCGACCGGUUCCUGCGGCUGCACCACGUGGGGGAGGGGCGCCUGUGCCACAAGGUCUACCUCAAGUCCCAGCUGAGCUGCCUGCUGCUGAGCACCCAACACGACUGGGAGAGCGAGGAGGAGCUGCCCCCCCCCGCGGAGGUGAAGGAGGAGGAGGAGGAGGACGCGCUGUGGGACUCGAUGGAAACGGUUCCCACCCCCCAAAAACGGGGCAAGAAACGGAAGAUUUAGGGGAGGGGAGGGGGGGGGACCACAAAUUGGGGCAAAAAACUGUGAUUUUGGCUCCGUUGGUCGCAAA